AUGCGUGUGACAGCAAAUUGGCAAGAAACUCUCAAGUCGGCCGUCUAUUAUGGCUUAUCUCGUCAUUUCCAAGAACAUAUUACCGAAUUUUGGAUGUCCUUCUGCACCCCUUUGAGCGAGGAUGAAGAGUUUAUUCCUCCUGACCCAGGAAGCCAUGUGUACGAAGGACCAACCGUCGACUUUCAAGACAAGAGCACAGGAGAAUUCAUUCGCCUGGGACCCCGCUUUCACCUCUUCGCGCCUAUCUCUCCCCUAUUAAUGAUCGUUUUGAGAAGCAAAUAUCUCCCAGAGCCACAUGAGGAUAACAAUCCUGAGACAAAUGCUGGGCGUCAGCUUUACCGACAGAUCGAGAUCGACUCGAUCUAUGGCCCAGGAACAAAGUCAAUACUGGAAGACCUCCCCGUUUACAAGGCUAUCAACAGCUGUUCCACCUUGGUGAAUAGAAUACUGAGAAAACGACCGGGAUGGGACGGACAGCUUCGUCAGACUGAUACCUUCUCAUUCCCUUUCUUUAAACUCCCCACGCAUCAUGCACGCAUCAUCAAUGGUCUUCUGCUAGACCAUGCCUUUCACGGCUUAACAAUUAUCUUCAACAAGAAGGGCCCGUUUCUCGAUUUCCUAUAA